AUGCUUCCCUUGGCCAGCAAUGCACUAAGUCGUCUCAAGAUUCAGAUUCAGCAAAGCAUGACAAGACAGAGCCAUGUAAAACACUCCCCAGAUUUUCAUGAUAAAUACGGCAAUGCUGUGCUAACCAGUGGAACCACUUUCUGUGUUGUUGCCUGGUUGUUUACAAUCACACAGAUCAGAAUAGUAUGUAACCCAUCCCCUGUUGGCCGAGUUACCCCCGAAGAGUGGAAAGAUCAGUAA